GUUGCAUUAGAAGAGCAAGUAAGCCGUUUCUUAUUGCUUCUCUCUUUUUUCAGCAGUUAAAAACAAAUGUAUAAGUUACAUUCCGUCUUUUUAAAAUUUGACAAGGGUUGGAAAAAGAAAUAAGAUCAAAUCAUUAUGGCGACUCUAGUUGUGCAGCAGCCUCUUGGCAAGGCUGGGACAGAAGCUUGGAAUUCAGGAAUAUGUGACUGUUGCGAGGACUUGAAUUCUUGCUGCUAUGCGUACUGGUGCUUUCCUUGCUUUACCUGCACCACCACUGGAGAGUUUGGGGAGAGCACCUGUCUGCCUCUGUUGGACAUAUUAGGCCCAGCUCUCAUGGCUGCGUUUGGAAUCGGAGUAUGCGUUCCACCUGUGGGUCUGGCAAUGAGGGUGGCAGUUCGCUACAAAUAUCAUAUUGGGGGCAGUCUCUGUGAGGACAUCAUGACGUCUUGCUGUUGUAUCUGGUGUUCUUGGUGUCAGAUGAGUAGAGAAAUCAAAGCACGCAAAAAAGUCAUCAGAAUAGUGCAAAGACAUCCCAUGAUGCAACCAGUUCCAAUGGGAGUCAACCCACAAGUUGUCGCUAUGCAGCAGCCGGCAGCAUUCGGUGGCGCACCGGUGAGAGUUGGUCCUGCAGUCCAGAUGGCACCAAUUAAGACAGCUGCUAUGUAGAAGUUCACCUCAGGUCUGCCACAUGUAUCUUGCUUAAAUAAUGUUAUAAGGGAUUCAUAGUGUACUAGCUAAUCAGUUUCAAUAUUAAUGAUUUUGUGUGAAUGGCUUGGGUGCAUUUGGAAAAUGUGUUUAUAUUGUAUACUUUAUAUUGUUUAUUCUUUGUAUUUGUUUUUCUUGUUUGGUUUAGGUAAUCAGACUUAUUCAAAUUAUUAUUUUUUUAAUAAAAACAGAGUAAAUUGUUAUAUAAGUCUUGUUUUCUUCAACACCGAUGACUCUUGAUAUAGUAUUUUAAAGUGAUUUUGUCUGUUAAUAACUUUGGGCCUUAAAUAGCAGAAGUGAGCACAACUUUGAAAAAAACAAAACAACUGAUGAACUGUUUACAGGAACAAAUAGAUAAAUCGAGUUUGAUGCAGCUUGCACGUUUACAGUGUGCGGUGGGCUUCAAAAAUGGAAAUAGGAUUAAAUGUGUCAACUUAAGUGGUUGUAAAUUACUUAAAAAUUAUUUAAAAUGUGUUUGUGUUAGCAAUUCAACAUUAAUAACAUCAUUUAAUUUAUUUCAUGGUGGAGAGGAAGACUUGUUUUAGAAAUAGUUUAUAAUAAAAUUAUUUUGCCAAAUAUAGAUAUGUUCAAUAGGGAAGCUAACCUCUCGUUCUUCAGAGUAUACAUACAAUGCUCAUUAAAUGUUCAUUAAAAAUAAUUUUUUGUCGUCGGAUUAUUUGACAUUGAAGUAUAUAAAGGUAAAUGUGGAACAGUGUGAUUUUCUGUCUCUUUUGUAGAAUUCAAAGAGAAAGAAGUGGAGAGAUUCCAUCGAAUCCAUGCAUGUUGAAUCAAACAUAGUUUUUUUCUCUAUACCCAGGCCUGCUCACAUCAUGUAUCUUCAGGUUUUACUGCUUUAUGAAUGCACAACUAAUUCAUCAUACCU